UUGUCUUCGAGGGUAAUACCGAUCAGCCGUGCCCUAUUUUUUGAAAGAAGGAAAAGAGGGAAAGAAGAAGAACGAAGAAGCGCACAAAACCAAGGUUCUUAUCCUGCGCACCCCACGCCAUCCAGAAAUGGGGAGCACCAAAGACGAUAGUCCUGCCGACGGUGCUGAAACCAACAGCCAGGCCUUGGCAUCCGACCAGGGCAUUUUCUCCGAAGGGGAGAAGGUCCUCGCUUAUCAUGGCCCGCGUAUCUACGAAGCCAAGGUUCAAAAAGUUGAGUUUCUGAAGAAGGAACGGAAAUAUUUUGUCCAUUACCUUGGUUGGAACAAAAACUGGGAUGAAUGGGUCAGUGUGGACCGUUUGUUGAAAGUCACUGAUGAGAAUGUUCGGAAGCAGCAGACACUUGCAAAAAACCAGGGUGCAGACAAGAAUUCCAAGUCAGGGCGUUCAACACAGAUUAAGCCAAAAAGUUCUAAUGAUACAAAAGUGGAUAAAGAUGACCUUAGGAACUCUGGAGGAAGAGGUAAGAAGCGGAAGGGUGACUCUGGUGUUGAGGAGAAGGAUACAGGAUCCACGGAGAAGCUUAUGAAGAUCCAGUUUCCAUCAACAUUGAAGAAACAACUCGUUGAUGAUUGGGAGUUUGUUACUCAACUGGGUAAGCUUGUUAAACUUCCACGUAACCCAAAUGUCGAUGACAUAUUGAAAAAGUAUCUCGAUUACAGGUCAAAGAAAGAUGGCAUGAUAGCUGAAUCAAUUGGAGAAAUUUUAAAAGGAAUACGUGGUUACUUUGACAAAGCUCUGCCAGCUAUGCUCUUGUAUAAAAAGGAGCGCCAACAAUAUCAUGAAGCAGUUACAGAUAAUAUCUCUCCUUCGACUGUAUAUGGGGCCGAGCAUCUGCUACGCCUAUUUGUCAAGUUACCAGAGUUAUUGGCCUAUGUCAACAUGGAAGAGGAGGCCUUGACACAAUUGCAGCAGAAGUUGCUUGAUUUUCUCAAUGUUGCAGGUACCUGCAGAAAAAUCAGAGUGCAUUCUUCCUUUCUACUUACAAUGGGGGCAAAAGCUUUGAAGAAACUGAUGAGGAACAAGAGGAUUAAUCAAGCACUGUAUGAUUUGCUCAUCAACCCAUGUAUAACAUCAUCACCAUCGCCGUACUGUGGGGAAAUUGCAGAAAAUCCUGUCGACCUGUUGCAUCUGUUGUACGUCUUACAUGACACAAUCUGUUACAUGAGCAUUCACUCCGACUUCCUCUUGAAAAAAGAAGCUUUUCUUUUUUCUUUCGAACCAUGGAAACUCCAGUUAAUUUAUCAGGAUUGGGAUUAGUGUUGGGCAUUCUCCAUGUGUGGGCCACUGUUUGGUGAUCCAUAUCAUUGAUCUGCUGGGCACCACCUACCUUGCCAUGUUGGGGAUCUAUGGGUAUUGGCCAUCAAAGGUUGGGCCUGGAAGAUUAACAGCCUGAGUUGCUGAAGGCCCCACAUGUAUAGCAUACCAUCUGUACUGUUGAUUGUAUAGCCUAGUUUCCCAAAGCUGUCUGAAAUUUGUUCUAGAGUAGAGAUUUUCAACAGGAAAAUGACAAUCCAAUUCAAUUGAGACGUUGGGGGGAAA